AUGGGUUUCCAGAUGGGUCAGACGGCUAUGGCGCAAGGACAGCAAUACGUCGAGCAGAACCUGAAUCGGUGGAUCAACCUGGGAGCGAUACGACACACUUUCCACGUCUCGAACUCGUAUGUGAUGAACAAGUUGUUGCUCGUUGUGUUCCCGUGGAGACAUCAUCCCUGGACGCGGUUGGUCAAGCGUGGAGAGCAGGGGAAUGUGGAGGGGUAUAAGGCGCCAAGAGACGAUAUCAAUGCGCCGGAUUUGUAUAUCCCUGUGAUGGCGUUCGUGUCGUACAUCAUCCUUUCUGCGUUCCUCGCUGGACUCCAGGGACAGUUCCAUCCCCAACUCCUCGCGUCGACGGCCUCUACCGCGUUCGCCGUCAUCAUCUUUGAAUUCUGUGCGGUCAAGUUAGGGUGCUACCUUCUUGGUAUCAGCUCGCAGUCCCAAUUCCUCGAUCUGAUCGCGUACAGUGGGUACAAGUUCAUCGGUAUCAUCGCUACCAUGAUCACCCGCGUCCUUGCCAGUGGUACCCUGACGCCAACCUACACCGUAUUCUUCUACACUUUCUUCGCGAACGGAUUCUUCUUGCUCCGCUCGAUGAAGUACGUUCUCUUACCAGACUCCGCUGGUGCAACGACGGCACAGACGGUCACACACGGACAGAGAAGCAGGAGGAUUCAGUUCUUGUUCAUGGUUGCUUUGAGUCAGGUUGUGUUUAUGUGGUUGUUGAUCUAA